AGCUCGUGGGUCACUCUCAGCUCCUCGCUCUUCAUUAUCUUGAUCUCACUGUCGAGGAGACGAGUUCGCUGAAUGAUCUCCUCUGUGGACAUUUUUAACACUUCUUCGCCGAUUCCAUCUUCCACUUCAUCCCAAACUGAUUUGUCACUCAGCGACGCCAUCUUUGCUCUGACUGUGGUGAACUGUGACACAGCGGAAAAGAAAGAGCAGACCGGUAGGUGGCAGCACUGCAACUUAGUUAUUGUCUUCCAGCCGGUAAGUAUUUCAAAAAGAAGAAGCCGAAGCAGAAGAAGAAGAAGAAGUGGCACCAGUGGAGCGAGGAUGAAACGAGCCUUCAUCUACAUUAAUGUGGUCCGUGUGCUGAUCUGAACGAGGUCGGUGUGAAGGGAGGAAAGUGCGGCUACACAGAAGGAACAAGAACAAGGUGUUUGUGCAGAGUCGAGUCAAUCGUGGCUGUAGUGUGAUACACCUCAACGUUACAGACCCCAGACACACAGUAGAGGCACCUGCUGUGUAGUUGUCUUAACUGUGCUUAUUCCUGCUCGUUGGUGGCAGAGAACUAACGUAAGGGGGUCAAAGAGAUGGACCAAAACAACAGUAUACCAGCCUUCCAGGGACUGGCAUCCCCUCAGGGUGCCAUGACCCCAGGCAUGCCAAUCUUCAGUCCAAUGAUGCCAUAUGGCUCAGGCCUGACACCACAGCCUGUCCAGAACACCAACAGUUUGUCUAUACUGGAGGAGCAGCAGAGACAACAACAGCAACAACAACAGCAACAGCAGGCAAACACAGGCCUCCCUGGAACAUCAGGGCAGACCCCUCAGCUUUACCACUCCCAGUCAGUUGCAGGCCCGACCACCACAGUACUGCCAGGAAACACCCCGCUCUACAACACCCCGCUGACCCCCAUGACUCCAAUCACACCGGCCACACCAGCCUCAGAGAGCUCUGGAAUAGUACCACAGCUACAAAACAUCGUAUCGACUGUAAACCUGGGCUGUAAACUGGACUUGAAGACCAUUGCCCUGAGAGCCAGAAAUGCAGAGUACAACCCAAAGCGUUUUGCUGCCGUCAUCAUGAGAAUACGAGAGCCCAGGACAACUGCUCUCAUUUUCAGCUCAGGGAAGAUGGUCUGCACAGGAGCCAAGAGUGAGGAGCAAUCAAGAUUAGCUGCGAGAAAAUACGCUCGAGUGGUGCAGAAGCUUGGUUUCCCUGCUAAGUUCUUGGACUUCAAGAUUCAGAACAUGGUGGGAAGCUGCGAUGUGAAGUUCCCCAUUAGGCUGGAGGGAUUAGUCCUCACACAUCAACAGUUUAGCAGCUAUGAACCAGAGCUGUUUCCUGGACUCAUUUACAGAAUGAUCAAACCUAGGAUCGUCCUGCUCAUCUUUGUUUCUGGAAAAGUUGUACUCACUGGUGCCAAGGUGAGAGCAGAGAUCUACGAAGCUUUUGAAAAUAUUUACCCCAUCCUGAAAGGCUUCCGUAAGACAACAUAGAACCUGCAGCUCCUUCUUUUAUCGUCUCCUAAACCCUGUCCCUUUUUACUCCCAUUUUUUUAAAAAUCAGAUGAAGCGUUGUCAAUAUGUCGACCUACCAGUGGACUGCUGUAAGGGCUUUUGUACAGGGAUGUGGCAUCUUCUUGUUUGGUUAGUUUUCUUCCCACAGUUGCUCGCAGAUUUUUAAAAAACAGCCUCUCAAAAACAGUUUUAAGCUUUUUAAUGCCAUGUUCUGAUCACAGGAGAUGGAGUAUUUUACACUGAUACACCUCUCAAAUAGUUUGAACCUGGUACGACCCUUAACAGUUAUUUUUGUUGUCUCUGAUGUCCCACUCAUCCCUGAUUGUACAUAAGACUGUAAAGAAUGUAAAGUUCGGUAAUUAGAAGAGAAGCAGUCUGAGUUUGACUGUUUUUUGUUUUUAUUCUCAGCUGUUUCAAAUAGUUUUUAUACAUUGCGUUUUUAUUAAUUGUCAGUUCUGAUCACGAGUUCGUUCAACACAUGUUCAGGUCUAUCAGCACUGCAUUCCUUCUGACAGUAUUCACUUAAAAUUAGUCUUCACUGUUAUCUUCAUAUGUGUGCAUUUCAAAACAAGCAAAUCUUUGAUCUUACUCCUCAUUUUAAAAAUGUUGGACGUGGAUUCCCCUCUUAUUAAUACACCAUUGUGGUUUUUGUAUUCCACUCUAAAAGCAGUGACUGAAGUUUGAUUCUCGUACGUCUUUAAUCAACAAACGUUUAUCUAAAUUAAUCAAAGUCCUGCUGCAGAAGUUGCCAUCAGGUCGCUAUAAUUUCUUAUAGGUUUGGUUUUGGCUCACACUAUAUUUGUAGCAUAAUCUAUGCUGUAUUUCAUUUACUUUUCCUUUACUAAAGUGACUCCAACCUGCAAGCAAACAGUUCUGAUCAAUCUGUUGAGUUUACAGGACGCCUUGGAUUAUUGUGAAGCACAACCAAAAUGUGAAGUUACGAGAGUUUUGCUCUUUUCCUUAUCUUGAAUUCACAUUUUGCCUCUUACAUUCACGAGCACUAAAAGACAUCCUGUUGGCAGAUCAACUUUGCAUCAUGUUGCCUUGUUUAUGUUGCUUUAUGUUUUCUCAGUUGGCCGUUCAAAAAUAUAUUUAAACUUUAUUUUUUUUCAAUUGAAUGGACUACAUUUUUGGGCACUUGUUGACUGUAUAGCUGGCCACUUGGUUAGUUUCAGCAUCUGUAUGUCGGCUCCCUGAAGACUGUAUGGACCGCAGAGUAGCUGGUGAAAUUAGAAAUUUAUACUCGACUACAUGUAUUGUAAAUUUCUACUUUAACCAGCAAUUCCAAACUUGUCAGCGGCCAACCAGGAGGCAAUCAAUUUAAAUGCAAAUUCUGCAUCUGAAAUUGUUGUUGUGCUGCACUGUCCAUUAAUAAAUAUGUACAUACUGGC